GUGGAACCUACUCCGGCUGGAUACACCUUUCGAAAGACCCCUAAAUUGUGCUCGGUCUAUCUCAAAUGCUCCUUUCUCUUGUGACCUCCCUUCUGCCCACUGCCCUGACUUCCCAAUUCUCAACUCCAAUAUCCAGCCUCUCCCUAAGGGGGUUAAGCAUCCUUGAGGUUUCCCACUCUUAACUGCUCCGUCCCUGGAUGGAGCCAGAGAAAUGUGGUGGGGGGGCCGGGGCCAGAGUUUCAACAUCGCCCCCCAGAAGGAGGAGCCAGAGAUGGGGGCAGCUGCUGAGGUAACUGUGCGGAGGAUUAAUCCUAUGCCCUUCUCAGCAAUCCCGACCAAAGUCUGUCCAGAGGAGCAGGAUGCCAGAGCCCAGGAGUCGUCAGCUUGGCCGUUGUCUGGCUUCUGGAUGCCUCCCAGGGGAGCAGAUCCUAGCAUGGGCCCCAGGGGUAAGGAAGGGGCUGGAACCUGAAUUGCCUGGAACCCUGAUUUGCACUAACUUGAGGGUCAUCUUCCAACCCUGUGGAUGGCAAACGGAAGUCAGGACACUCCCCUGAGCAGCGAGUAUGAUUUUUCCCUGGUCAACAUUGAGCGAUUAGAGGCUGUGAGUGGCCUGUCCCGAGUCCAGCUCCUCCGUCCAGGGUCCUUGCUUAAAUUUAUCCCUGAGGAGAUUCUGAUUCAUGGCCGAGACUUUCGGCUGCUCAAAGUUGAUUUUGAGGCUGGAGGACUAGAGCCCCAGGCCUUUCAGGUGACCAUGGCCAUUGUCCAAGCCAGAACUCAGAGCAGUCAAACCCAACAGUAUUUGGGGAUAACCCUGAGCAAGGCUGACCAGGGUUCUGGCCCCAGAAAACCACCUGUUCCCCUCUUGGAGACAUCAGAAGACUGGGAGGCUGAGAGGAAGAAGCAAGGGGCAAGGGGUUGGAGGGUCAGCACUGUCAAUGAGAGAUUCGACGUAGCCACCAGCCUCCCCCGUUACUUCUGGGUCCCUAACCGAACUUUGGACAGUGAGGUCCGGAGAGCAUUUGGCCACUUCCAUCAGGGCCGUGGACCGCGGCUGUCCUGGCAUCACCCUGGGGGCAGUGAUCUUCUCCGGUGUGGUGGCUUCUAUACAGCCAGUGACCCUAAUAAGGAGGAUAUCAGAGCAGUGGAACUGAUGCUUCAGGCUGGGCAUUCAGAUGUUGUUCUGGUAGACGCUAUGGAUGAGCUGCCCAGUCUUGCAGAUGUCCAGCUUGCCCACUUGAGGCUGAGGACCCUCUGCAUGCCUGAUGCAUCUGUAGCUGAGGAUAAAUGGCUCUCAGCUCUGGAAGGAACACGAUGGUUGGACUAUGUCAGAACUUGUCUCCGAAAGGCCAGUGACAUCUCAGUCUUAGUGACCUCCAGGGUUCGCUCUGUAGUACUUCAAGAGAGCGGUGAUCGUGAUCUCAAUGGCCUCCUCUCUUCACUCGUCCAGCUGCUUUCAGCCCCUGAAGCUCGAACACUGCUUGGCUUCCAGUCACUAGUGCAGCAAGAAUGGGUGGCAGCUGGACACCCCUUCCUGACUCGGCUUGGGGGAACUGGGGCCAGUGAGGAGGCCCCAGUAUUUCUCCUCUUCCUUGAUUGUGUCUGGCAGCUCCUCCUCCAGUUUCCAGCUGAGUUUGAAUUCUCUGAAUUUUUCCUUCUUGCUCUUCAUGACAGCGUCAGGGUUCCUGACACCUUGACUUUCCUGAGAGAUACUCCCUGGGAGCGUGGAAAGCAGAGUGGACAGUUCAACUCCUAUUCACAAGUUUACACUCCAGAGUACUCCCAGCCCCCAGCUGGGAAUUCUGUUAACUCACAGCUGUCUGUCUGGGACUGGGAUUUACGCUACAGCAAUAAACAGAUACUGCAGUUCCAUAAUCCUUGUUAUGACCCAGAGCACUGCCCAGAUUCCUGGCUCCCUAGGCAGCAGUCAAGGUUCAUGGUUCCUGGACCUCCCAGUUCUGUAUGGCUCUUCUCCAGAGGGGCCCUGACCCCCCUGAAUCAGCUGUGUCCUUGGCGGGACAGUCCUUCCUUGCUGGCAGUCUCUUCUCGUUGGUUCCCUCGACCUGCUAUCUCCUCUGAAAUCCUGCUGAUGACCGCUGGCCGCCAAGAGUGGGGGCUCCCCUCACAUUGGGCUUGUCCUUUGCCCCCUGGGCUGCUGCUCCCUGGAUAUCUGGGACCCCAGAUCAGGCUCUGGAGACGCUGCUACCUGAGGGGAAGGCCUGAGAUCCAGAUGGGCCUCUCAGCUUCCACAAUCUGUGGCCUCCAGGAUGAGCUAGCCCAUCUUCAGGAGCUAUUAAAGAAGUGGACACCAAGAAUAUCUCCUGAGGACCAUUCCAAGAAAAAAGAACCAAAUUCCAUUCUCCCCAAUCCCAUUGAAAUUGCUGGUAUUCUCACAGGUAGGACAGAAAAUGGUCUAGGGUGAGGGAGGGUUCUGCCUAAUCCUUCAAUUUUUCUUAUCUGGUUUUGGGCUUCAGCUUCCACACUCUGGCCCUUAAACAAGCCAAUAGUAUCAAGUUGUUAUUGCAGAUGGGUGGUGCUAACCUUCUUGACUCUUAUCCUGCUCUGUUUGAUUCCUAAAGACUUAUUUUUUUAUUUCUUGUGAUUUGAGGAAUUAAAAAGCAAAAACAAUCAAAACAAUACAGAAUGUGAUUUC